GGGUCAAGAUGGCGGCGCCUUUGAGGAUUCAGAGCGACUGGGCCCAAGCCCUCAGGUAUCAGGAUGAAUACAGCAAUGCCAUAAAUGACAGUUGCUGUUACUAAUUGAUUAGUAACUGUUAUCACUAUUGAAACAAUGGUGAAGAUGGAUGAAACACAGCCUCCUGCACUUAAGAAAUUUAUACUUUGGAAAGAUGAAGGGGAGGCCUGGCUGAGCUGUCACCCUCCAGGGAAACCAUCUUUGUAUGGCAGCCUAACUUCUCAAGGAAUUGGCCUAGAUGGUAUCCCAGAGGUUACAGCCUCAGAAGGAUUUAUUGUAAAUGAAAUAAAUAAGAAAAGCAUUCAUAUUUCAUGUCCAAAGGAAAAUACAUCUUCUAAGUUUUUGGCACCAUAUACUACUUUUUCCAGAAUUCAUACAAAGAGUAUAACAUGCCUGGACAUUUCCAGUGGUGGCGGCCUUGGUGUGUCUUCUAGUUCUGAUGGUAGCAUGAAGAUCUGGCAGGCUUCCAAUGGAGAACUCAGAAGAGGAUUGGAAGGACAUGUGUUUGAUGUGAAUUGUUGCAGGUUUUUCCCAUCAGGCCUUGUGGUUCUGAGUGGGGGAAUGGAUGCUCAGCUGAAGAUCUGGUCAGCUGAAGAUGCUAGUUGUGUGGUGACCUUCAAAGGGCACAAAGGAGGUAUCCUUGAUACAGCCAUCGUUGAUCGAGGGAGGAAUGUGGUGUCUGGUUCUCGAGAUGGAACAGCACGACUUUGGGAUUGUGGACGCUCAGCCUGCUUGGGAGUCAUUGCAGACUGUGGUUCAUCCAUUAACGGAGUAGCAGUGGGUGCUGCUGACAACUCCAUAAACCUUGGCUCCCCAGAGCAGACACCUAGUGAACGAGAGGUUGGAACAGAGGCAAAAAUGCUACUAUUGGCCCGGGAAGAUAAGAAGCUGCAGUGCUUGGGAUUACAGAGCAGGCAGCCGGUGUUCCUCUUUAUUGGCUCAGAUGCCUUCAACUGCUGUACUUUUCUCUCUGGCUUCUUGCUAUUGGCUGGGACACAAGAUGGAAACAUUUAUCAGCUAGACGUGAGAAGUCCAACGGUUCCGAUACAAGUCAUCCACAGAUCAGGAGCACCAGUUCUAUCCCUACUGAGUUUCAGAGAUGGAUUCAUUGCUAGCCAAGGUGACGGAAGCUGUUUCAUUAUUCAGCAAGACCUAGACUAUGUCAUUGAGCUCACUGAAGCUGACUGUGACCCCGUGUAUAAGGUAGCCACGUGGGAGAAGCAGAUCUAUACAUGCUGUCGAGAUGGUCUUGUGCGGCGCUAUCAGCUUUCUGACCUCUGACCCCUUUCCCAGUUAGUGAAAAGGGUUGACCCUGAUCAACAAAGAACAGAAACAUUACCCAUAUUUCCCAAGGUCUGUGGCUCCUUAAUGUCUUGGGCACCGCUUGGAAGUCACAGCAAGUUAACUGUACUGGCCCAUGUGGAACAAUCAUCCCAAGACCUACCUUGAACUGAGUGAGAAGCUCACUUGUGCUCACUGCCUUUGCCCCAGCUUUUCUUUGCGUAAAUUUAGCCCACAACACAGGGCAAAGAUCUGGAUGCUUAUAUUUUAUUCUCUCACCGGUUGUGUUAAUUGUUUACAAGGCACAGAGAACUAAAGCCUGUUUGCUGGAAGAAAUAAAGAAAAUAUGUUUGGAAGA